CGUAACGAGCGUGCGUCAGGAUUCAGCGAUCAAUUCCUUCUCCGCAAGUUCACCUCUCGAGUUUCAGCUUCCAAGCGACACACAUUUCCUGUUUUUACGGUCAAAGGAUUUACAAAUCUUCUGGAAUAUCCUGAGAGUUGCGGUGAUGGAUUCACGGAUUUGUCUCGCUGCUUUGCUGCUUCUCUUCGGUUUGGCAACAGUUGUUGCGCAGUCUUCCGCACCUGGCAAAGCGUGUGAGUCGAAGAAUGGGACAAGCUGCGACGAAUGUCUGAAAAAUGUGUCGUGUCUGUGGUGUAUCACAACCAAGUUGUGUAUAACGUAUCCAGUGAAGACCAUCCUUCCUCCUCAUGCACUCUGUCCUCUGAGUGAAGCACGCUGGGGGCUCUGCUGGAUGAACUUCCAGACGUUGAUAAUCACCUUGUCAGUGUUUGGUGCAAUUCUCAUCAUUGCCUUCAUGAUUUGCCUGUUCUGCUGCUGCAAGUGUGAGAACUUUGGAUCCAGUAGGGCAGAAGCCAAGAUGCAGAGACAGGCCAACAAGACGACAACAAAGCAGGAAGAAAGGAGAGCAGAAAUGAACGAGAGACAUAACGAUAUUAGGAAGAAAUAUGGACUAACUGGGCCAAAUCCAUAUUCCAAAUUUGCAUGAGGAUCUGUGAACUGAGAUUUACCCCACGACUGUUUUUGUUUUCCUCUGAACUUCGACGUCUUACAGAGCAGACAUGUUUUGUAGAUGUGGGGAUUAAUGAAAUAUAUCUAAGAAAAUUUCAGAAAGGUGACAGUAGUUGUUUUUAGGCAGCAUGUAUUGUUCCUUCCAGCCAAUGAAUAGGUUUGUUGUGCUCAAUGUGAUGACCUAAGAGGUUGUAAACCAAAAGCUAGAAUAGACGCCUGUGGCAGCAGUGUUUUUCAAGACUAUAAUAGUCUAUUAUAGGUGGCUCCGAUAGCGUCAGUCUGCUUAUACUAUUUAUUAGGUAAAGUCCUUAGUUUAAUUGUACAGAAUGGAGAGAAUUCAGUUUCCUUGCAAACAAUAUCUCUGCAUCUGCACAUUUUCAGAUAUAUCUCUUUUUUCCCUCUGAGUUGCUGCUGAUUUUGAGAAUAACUUAGAAAAUGAUAUUUUUGUACUGUCCAAUUACUGAUUGCUCUUAUCUGAAAUUGAUUCAUUUCUAUUCAGAUGUGGAGGAGGCAAUGUUUUAUUGUGUUACUGCUCCAUAUUUUCACUGUACCCUUGCUUCCAGUAAUGACUAACUUAAGUAGAAUGUGUAGUUCCUGAAGAUGGAUACAAGUCUGUCUAAUUCUAAAUUGAAUGUAUAUCCUGUAUAGACACACAAGCCAAAUAAAAUACUUGGGACUUA